ACUCUGCUAUCGCCCUCCUCCAGGGUCUUUUCCCUCCCAACCCUCCCAACAAGAUCAUCCUCGCUAAUGAGACCGCCGUUGUUGCUCCUCUUGGCGGUUACCAGCACGUUCCCAUCGAGACUGUCGAGCCCGGUAGCGACAAGUCCCUUGAGCCUUGGACUGAAUGCUUUCAAGCAACACAUCUCCAAUGCUCACUCGUCGUCUGAGUUCAAGGCGACCGCAAAGGCUGCUGGCCCUUUCUUCAAUUCUGUCAGGGACUGCGACCAUGGCGAAGGAUGUGAAGCGAGUAUAUCCUCAUGCUGUCAGUCUCAUGGAGACUGUCAGGACCUACGGACAGACUCUGGAUCUGGUAGAGAAUAAUAUGGGCAUAGAAUGGUUGGUUGCUGAAUACCGGAGCGAGGCUCAGCGGAUGGUUGCCAAAGGUAUGAGCAUCAAGUGGGAUUACUUUGUCAACCAAAACGACACUGCACGGUGUGCUAGUAGUGCCGACGGACGCGAAAACCGACAUAUCCAAUUUGUGCGGGAGUUUGCGAGCGUUGUGUCUGUCCUACAGGAUAAGACUAACAACGUGAUCGACCUGUAUCGCAACAUUCCUCGAGCAGGCGAGGAUCUCGCAACCUGCACAUAUACGAGCGAGGCGUUUUCAGAACAUCUAGGCAAGAUUCAAGCUGCUGUGAGUUAUUGUUUGUCGUCGUUGUUUGUGUGCUGAAUACAUGCAGAUCGAUCGCCUGAACCUGGAGGGAUACGCUAAUCUUGAACAGUGGGUGGCUGACCUCGAUAAGCGGAUAGAAGAGAUCCUGCUUCAGCGCUUGGCUUAUAUCACUCUGCUAUCGCCAUU